UCACAAAAACAUUCAAGUCCUCAUAGUAAACUAAAAGUACUUUGCGCGCGCUGCUAUGACAGCAUCCUCUCACGCUCUUUUUCUCUCCCUCUGCGCGUGCACUCAGACACAAAAACGCAGCAGCAGCAGCACCUCUGAUCUCACGCCUCUAUUUUUCUGGUGAAUACUGCCAGCUGCAACUUUUGUCACCGCACAGCUGCCGGUGGAUCCACCUCACACACAACAAGCUGGACUCAUUAAAAGUCAAGAGAGGCAGCUGGAUGAUGUCAUAUCCGUGAAGAAGGUCCCUAUAACAUAAACGCAGAUAGGAUUUUCACCCCUCCGCUGCUGCAUGCAUGCCCACAAACUUUUUCCUCUUUCCAGUGACGAGGUUUCUCCCCGCUGCCCACAUGGCAUGCGUAACAGGGACGAGUGGAUGGAUGUGCCCUCCUCCCCGGAAAGCCUCGGUUCUUACCAGCGCGUAGUGGACGCAGUGGCGCGAGCCCACAGGCAGAAACUUGCGUGAAUUUUUUUUUCUGUUCCCGACGAGGAGGAGGUAGCAGCCGGCAGAAUGUGGUCGCUGUCCGUGAUGCUGAACCCGCUGCUGUUUCUGCUACUGUUCGGAUACUGCCCUACAGUGACCAUCCGGCCAAAGGAGGGGUGGCAGGUAUACAGCUCAGCUCAGGAUGCAGAUGGGCGUUGUAUCUGCACAGUGGUGGCACCUGAACAGAAUCUGUGCUCCAGAGAUGCCAAAGGCAGGCAGCUCCGCCAGCUCCUGGAGAAGGUGCAGAACAUGUCGCAGUCAAUCGAGGUGCUGAACCUACGGACGCAGAGGGACUUUCAGUAUAUCAUGAGAAUGGAGAGCCAGAUCAAAGGACUGCGGUCAAAGUUCCGACAGAUCGAAUCGGACAGGAAGACGCUGGUCAACAAAAACUUUCAGGAGCUAAAGGGAAAGAUGGAGUCCCUGCAGCCGUUGAUCCCUGUUCUAGAGCAGUACAAGACAGAUGCCAAGCUCAUCUCCCAGUUCAAAGAGGAGAUCAGAAACCUGUCUGGUGUGUUAAUGGGUAUCCAGGAGGAGAUGGGAGCCUAUGACUAUGAGGAGCUACAACGGAGGGUCCUAAACCUGGAAAAUCGGCUCCGAAACUGUAUGAGCAAACUCACAUGUGGCAAGCUAAUGAAGAUCACUGGACCGCAGACAGUGAAGACUUCAGGAACCAGAUUUGGAGCCUGGAUGACUGACCCACAGGCGUCUCCCAAAAACAACAGGGUUUGGUAUAUGGACAGCUACACCAACAACAAGAUAGUAAAAGAGUUUAAAUCCGUUGAGGAUUUUGUGGCAGGAGUCGAGUCGAGAACCUACAACCUGCCUUUCAAAUGGGCCGGCACUAACCACGUGGUGUACAACGGCUCUCUGUACUACAACAAGAUGCAGAGCAACAUCAUAGUGAGGUACAGCUUUGAGACAGGUCGCGUGGUCACCCAGAGGGCCCUGGAGUCAGCGGGCUUCCAUAACGUGUACCCCUACACCUGGGGAGGUUUCUCCGACAUUGACCUGAUGGCGGACGAGCUGGGCCUGUGGGCCGUGUACGCAACCAACCAGAACGCUGGGAACAUCGUCGUCAGCCAGCUGAAUCCGGACACACUCCAGAUCCUCAGCACGUGGAACACCGAAUACUCAAAGAGGAAUGCCGGCGAGUCUUUUAUGAUCUGUGGGACGCUCUACAUCACUAACUCCCACCUGACCGGCGCCAAGGUGUACUACGCUUACUCCACUAAAACCUCCACAUAUGAGUAUACAGACAUUCCCUUUCAUAACCAGUACUUCCACAUGUCUAUGUUGGACUACAACGCCAGGGACCGCGCCCUCUACGGCUGGAACAACGGCCACCAGGUCCUGUUUAAUGUUACUCUUUUCCACAUCAUUAAAACUGAGGACGACUCUUAAAGGGAGGAACAUACACAUGAGAGAAAUAUGAAAACAUGGGAAAAAAAUGUAUUCUUGCACCUGAAUGUUCUUAUGAAUUUAUUUAUUUAUUUAUUUAUUUGAUUUAUUUAUUUAUUUAUUUAUUUUCCCUGAUUUGUGCAUUUUAUACUGUUUCAUUUACUGACAUCAAGCUAUUUGCCUGUUUUCAUAUGGAGAGUUUAUUAAUUGAGAUAUCCACAAUUUGGAGAGGUAACACUUUUCUCUUUAAAAUAAAUGACAGCAAAGACUUAAACAGAUUUGGUCCAUUUUGAAGCAAAUUGCAGGUAACAGAUUUUCAACUAAAUAAUUGCACUUUUACUUGUUGAACAUUGAACUUCCAGUAAUUUCUGCAGCUCCUCUUUCUCUCCAAAAUGAAAGCUUUUCAGAAAUGAAGUCUUCAUAUUUAUAAUGGUUUUCUCAUUCAGGAUUACAUUUAUUCAUGCCUUGUAAUUUAUUCAUAUUUUGACUGUGUUCGCUAAUUGUUCGUUUUGUUUCCAUUCUUUCCUUGCCAUUUAUUCAUCAUCAUCUGCUAAUUUAUUCCUGCCUUUCACUGCCUCCAUUUAGAUUUCAAAUUGUCUUUUUCUUUCAAAAGUUUUUGCACUUGACCUUGUACAAGACAAUGAGAAACGUUGUGAACCAUCAGGCACCUGUAUAGUUACUGUACUGUACUUGGCUUUUUUCCUGUCUAUGAAGAUUCUCAGUCAUCCAGGUCAUGGGACAUCUUGAUGUAUUAAGUUAAAGCACUUAAGCAAACAGCAAAUCUGGUUGCCUUUUACUUAGUACUUUGAGAUAUUAGCUUUUUGGUAUCUUCAGCAACAGUUUGUAUGCCUUAUUAAGUGCAGUACGUUCUGUAAGCCCAAGAAUAACAGCUCUUGUGCAUGAAUGUUGGCUAUCCUAAUAGCAUUUUUACUGUAACUGUAUAUCUGUGUAUUUUGUAUUUGCAAUACAUCCCAUUGCCCUCUCUAGCUAUGUUAAUGGUAAAGAUUCAUUCAUACAGACAGCAGUAGAUGACUUUAUUAAGCAUUCAUUUGUGUAAAUAAGAAGGUAUACAUAAUCAAAAUAAAAGUAUUGUUUUCAUUAA